AUGUACACCCGCAACGAGCGCGGCGUCCGCCAGGGCGGCCAACCGCCCCAGACCUACGGCGAAUCCGCCGCCUCCGGUCCGGCGCCCAGCACCGCCGGCCCGCACCGGCACGACAUCCUCAACAAACUCGACCCGCGAGUCGACAGCACGCACGAUCGACAGCCCGCAGCCACCUCGAGCAGCGGGAUCCCGGAGGGGACCUACGGCCCGCACCGCAGCCGCAUCGCCAACGCGCUCGAUCCACGUGUAGAUUCCGACCUGGACAGCACGCGGGCAGGCGCUGGCACCGGGCCGGGAGGCGGAAUGGGUGGAUCGGCUGCGGGGCCACCCAUGGCCCACAGCCAGGCCGUUGGCGGCAGCCACGUUCCCGAGGGGAUGUACUACGGCUCGAAACACACGACGCGAAUGGCCAACGCGCUCGACCAGCGCGUCGAUUCCGACAGGGACAGGCAUGUGAGAAGGGGCACAGCCGGUGUGGCGCCAGCGCCGGUUGUGGGCGGUGGAAUCGACGCGACCAACAUGCCCGCCGGCACCACUGGCAGCUCCACCACCAUCGCGGGCACGGGGAUCUCGGCGCCAAAGACAUCCGGGCCACAUCGCUCGGAUUUGAUGAACAAACUGGACCCAAGGGUUGACAGUAAGACGGGGGCUUAUCGGCGAGGACCUGGGACAUGA